AUGGAUUGGCGAGUAGCGAUUAUCACUUAUAACGUGAACAUGCAGCGUGGCGACGAUGAUGACAUUGAAAAACUUCUUGCACCAUGUAUUGCAGUCAAGCCGAGCUUACUGGUGAUUGGGAUGCAGGAGGUCUCUCAUGGCGAAACUGUUGUUGGAGGAACUGCAGUCACAUGGGAACGUCAAAUAUUGGAGUGGAUGAGUUUAAAGAGUGAAGGUUUAGUGUUACUCACUAAAACUUAUCAAAUGACCAAUCAAGUGAUUGUCUACUUGAAGCGAGCUCUCCUGCCGCAGAUGCCAUCAACUGUUCAGCACUGA